CUGGAAGCGAUGAAUAGAAUGACCAAGAAUGAGCAGACAGAGACUGAGGAGCUUAGGGUGCAAAGCAAGGAAAAACAAAAUACAGAAGAAGGUGAUGAAAAUGUAGAAGGAGAAAAAAGGAAUGAUGAAGAUCAAACUGCAUGUGCAGAAGAUGAUGAUCCAGUGAUCAGUAGCGUGCCCAGUUUUUCCAUAUUCGGUCCAGAGACACAAGAAAAAUUUCAGGAAGAGCAAGUAGAAAAUGGAAGUGACCGAAUUGUGUUUGAGAUGAGGAAAGAACCUGAAAAGCAAGGAACAGUGGAACAAGGACAUAAGGAUAGUGGUGGACUAGUCAGAAGUGAAGAGAAAGAUGGUAAUGAUUCUUCUCAUAGAAUAGAAGUUAGCAAAGCUGGGAACAUGGAAGAAGAAGGGGGGACCAACAAAAAAAAAAUGAAGAACAGAAUAACGGUGUGCAAGAAACUGAUACUAGAAGGGUGCAUAUUCAGGAAGAGGUUUGGGAAGAUUUGAAUACCCAAUUCGUAAAUGAGUUGAUAACAAGCGUGGAUAUAGUUGAAAAACUUGUAUUAGGUGACAAAGUUGCAGAGGAGCAUACGCAAAAAGGAGAGAAAACUGCAGACGAGCAUUUACAACGAGUAGGAGAAGGGAACAGGAGUACAAGCAUUGAUUCCGAAGUGAUCAAAGAAAAAAGUGUGGAGAUGACAUGUGCACCAAUUGGAAGACCUAAGCGAAAUGCAAGAUCACCUGACAGAUUUACACCUGCAGGGAAUAUUGAGGUCGCAAAGAGGAGACGGAAGGAAAGAGCAAAAAGAAGUGAAGAGGACCAAUUUUUACCGGCGAAAAAGUAUGGGCCUUUUGCUGAAAAC